AUGGGGCAUAAGGACGCCCACAAAGAGCUUUCCAGACUGGAAUUCGACUCUCCGACACGAGGUCCUGAACGCCCAUCAAUUCAACGACAUUUGAUACAGACAGCAAGUCAAGCCAAGCAGCCAACCAAGCAAGCCAAGCCAAGUUAUAUCAAACCAGCCAAGUUUUACACAAGCAACCCAGCCCAAGCCCAAGUAAUUAAGCCAUCAAGUUAUCCAAGCCAAGCCAAGGGAAGCCAAGUCAAGUUAUUCCAUCAGUCCCAACCCGCCAAGCCCAAGCCAAGCCAAGUUAAUCAACCCCAGCCAAGGCCAAGCCAACCAACCCCAAGCCAAAACCAAGCCAGCCAAGCCAAGCCAAGCCAACCAGCCAAAGCCAAGCAAGCCAAGUCGCCUCAAUCAAGUCAUACCAAGCCAAGCCAAGCCAAGCCAACUCAACCCGCGCCCUGCCUCCCUCGCAGCGAGACCGCGACGCCCGCCGCCCCACAUCCGGCCAACGAAUCAGCUGACACGGCGGCGGCCCCUCCAGCCCCGCUCCCUAUUUACGCCUGCAUUUUUGGACUUUGCGUGCUUGCGGAGCGGUCAAAACAAACACUUCACUCCCCCGCACUCCCCGAUCCCAUCCCUACACUCAAGCCAUCCCCGAGCCACCACCCCAUGCCCAUCCCUCACUCCCAUACCCCCUCAGCCAAUUCCCACACCCCCACACUCCCAGAGCCCACUCUCGCACUCCUGAGCCCACCCCCACACUCCCCAGCCUACUCCCACACCCCCACAUUCCCCGAGUCCAUACCCCCGCGCCCACUCCCACACCCCAUACCCCCCCAGCCCACUCCCACACCCCCACAUCCCCCAUAA